AUGCCCACCCCCGAGUCCGCCGCCUUCCUGGCCAAAAAGCCCACCGUCGCCCCGACCUACGACGGCGUCGACUUCGAGGACAACGUCGCAGUCCACAAUGCUCGCGAUGCGAUCAUUCGUGAGCAGUGGGUACGCAGUAUGAUGUCUCGUCUUGUUGGCGAGGAAUUGGGCAAGUGCUAUGCGCGCGAGGGCGUGAAUCACUUUGAGAAGUGUGGUGUCUUGAGAGAAAAGUACUUCGAGCUCCUGAACGAGCGCAAGAUUAAGGGUUAUCUCUUCCAGGAGAAGAACUCCUACCCCGGCAACACUGCCAAGUCCUCUUAG